AUGGCCGAACUACUUCUCGUUCCGCCUCUGGCACCAUCGUCUGAGGAUCAGCACGUAGGCACACCAGGAACGACCAUCGCUAGCUCACGAUCCGACCUCAUUCAACUCCCGCCGCCCAAACGUGUCAGACUAGAUGAAGACGACGUUGACACUGCUGUUCAGAAUGAGACUCCCACACCGUCUCUGUAUGACAGCCCAGGAAACCCUGCGCGUCCGGAGACAUUCUUCGAUUGUUCGGCCGAAAGGAAGCUCGCUGGCUAUCUCGGCUACAUCUCUAUGCCUGAACUUCACAUCUGCGCAAUCUCAUGGCCCUUUCUACGCGCCACCGUCGCUAUUCAGCCCAUUCUCCACAAGCUCAACAGAGAACUGGCGCUCUCUCUGAUCCGCGACGCUCAGCGCAUUGGAGACUCGGCAGUAAUCGACGGGCAAUGGUCUCUGCUCACUUCUGAUGGCAAGGGUCUGUCCAAUGCCAGAAAGGCCGAGCAUCUCGCUAUUGUCUUGAUCAACUUGAAAUCCGAUUUGGCCACCAUGACCGCCGCUUCGGAUAAGCAGAAUCAGCUGCAACACCAACAUGAUUGCCAUAAAUUCAACGUGAUAUACCCCACCCACGCUUGCCCCUUGAUCAGCUACCCUGUCAGACCUCCAAUUCUAUCCCUUUUGGAAGGAGAGGACUUCCUCGAACCUUACAAUAGAUGUUUUUUGCUUCUUCGCCACAUGCGAAACAUACUGAACACCAAGGUCUUUGAUUCUCGAUACAAGAACGAUAACUUCAAGUCCGGUCACCCCGUCAAGGAUGAAUUCAAGCCGACGUGGAUGCGUUCGGAUGUUCCACCCAUAGUUUCCACGGUGCCAAAGAGAGGAAACCAUCUCACUGCCGCCAAGCGCGCAAGUCUCUCUAUACCUGGUCAAUCGGCUGCUUCUCUUAACUACUCGACUAUAUACAGCAUCGAGACGAAACCUCGCCACCCCCUCACCGCCAGACCUACUUUGUCGAACGAUACUACCAGCCCAGUCAAGUCAGCUGUCACCACCUCUCCGACUCCGAGAUCUUUCGCCGUCGUCUGGGAUCAUGACUUGGAAACCGAGUGCACGAGAUCAGAGAUCAAGCACGCCAUGAGUCGAGCUCAAUGCAAAGACGUCGAUCCUCCUUCCGAACUUCAGAAGCUAAGAAAGGAUCCACGACAAAUGACUGAGGAGCCAUUGCUGUAUGAACAGAUCCGGGUCCAGUUCAGGUGUCAUUUCCUGGGUCUCGACCUGAGCAAACUUCUGUUGCAGUAUACAACCUCAGCAUUCGGAGACAGCGUGACGGUCAAGCAGAACCUCCAAGAUGAAUCUUGGAGUGACACUCAGGCUGCUCUUUCGGAUCCAGCCAAUGAUAGCUUCCUCUUCCGUGUUGGCUUCUUCGCCGUGGGAUAUCAGGGUGAUGGCAGUAGAGUAUAA